AUGUUUUCAAGAACACGUUCCUUACAAAAUGCACCUUUAUACAGGUGCUCGGUCAGAACUAUGAAGCAACGGAGGACCGUAAACAAGUUGGUGGAGGUACAGUUACUUAAAACUUUACCAGGAAUUGGGGUUGAAGGUCAGAUACUACAUGUGAAGCCAGGUUACAUGAGAAAUUACUUGCACAUUGACAACAAAGCUUGCUAUGUUACACCAAAUAACCCGCCCAGAAUUCCGGUGGUUGAUGUGGAGGAGUUGCGUCUUCAAGAACAACGGAAGCGGAGACAACUUCAGAAGGAACAAGAAGAAAAAGUGGUUGAAGUCGUUGCCGACAAGAAGGAGAUCGAGGAACUGGCAAACGAAGUAUCUGAGGGCGCUAUGUCCCUCGAAGAGUUGUCAGACUUGUUCAGUAGUAUGAGGUCGUCAAAGAGAACAUCCGACAAACCGGAGCUUAACAUACAAUCAAACAUAUUCGACACCUCAAAGGGAACAAUACCUGGUUUGGAAGUUGAAUUCGACUCAAUUCAGGACCUUGAUAACAAAUUGCCCAAAUUAUUGACAUUGAGUAAUUCUGCAUUGCCAAUCACAAAGAAAGCUGUGGCAAAACAUAUGGAAGAGUUGACAGAACGUAAUGUCGAUAUUGGAAAAUUGGACUUGAGCUAUAUAGAUACACCUGAGGACCAUCUUGAUUCAAUCACCGAAACAGGUAGAUUCCAAGUUCAAGUAAGGUCUGCUGAUGACAGCUCAGUUGUCACAAGAGUGUUGGAGGUAGAAUAG